GGGCGGGGCUACCCGGUAAAAGCUAAACUGACUCGAACUUCACAACAAACUUAUUUUUUUGACACAACUCCUUGUAAACCCCGUUUCAUUUCGCUGGAGAAUGCGCGACAGCUUGCCCGGUGUGUCUCACGAUGAGGCACUAGAGGCCCGGGUCCAAAUGUAAUGGCCACACUUCUGUCCAUCUUGCUGGUCAUCGUGCCAAACUGUUUUGCCUCAGGUCCUCCUGCUUCUCCAUCUCUUCCUAAGUGCAAUAUUGGAUGUGGUAAGAAAAACGAUUGUGUAGAUAUACAUUGUAGCUGGGAUCCAAAGCCGGACCCUGAGACAAACUACAGCCUGCACUGGGAGCCAGCAAUUAGCGUGGAGGGGCAUGUGAUCAAUGGGACCAGUUUUGAUGGGAUUAUCCAGCGAAAACACUUCAAGCAUGGGGAGCUUCGUGUUUGGGUCCAGGCUAAGAACCAGCACGGUUCGGCCAAAUCUCAGGAUGCUUUGUUCAAUACAGCUGAUAUAACCCAGCCGCUCCCUCCUAAAGUCUGGUUGGUCACCCAUCAGGAGUCUUUAGAAAUGUCCUGGAAUUCCACCUGUGAUGAGCAGCAGCUCUCUUGGGGGCAUUGUGACGUCCAAUAUCGGACGGAGGGAGACCAAGGCUGGUUUCAGGACAUGGAUGUACUCCAUGGCAGCUAUACAGUCGACCGGCUUCAGCCCGGCACAGUCUAUGAAUUUCAAGUCCGCUGUUCUUGUGACACGGGCCUGAUGAGUGACUGGAGUGCAAUCUACAGAAUACGAAGCACAGAGACGGCCCCAGAAGGAGAGCUGGAUGUAUGGAGGGAUUGUGGGAUAUCCCAAAAAAGCUCUGACUGUGUUGUGACCUGGAAGAAGCUUCCUGUAUCUCAGGCUCACGGUCGCAUUCUGGGAUACGAAGUCAGACUGUCUUACAAUAACAACGUGUUGGUGACUGUGACCCCAGUUCAGCCAAUGGGCUAUGUGGCCUGUGAAGAGAUGCAAUGCCACUUCACUUCCCCUCUGAAGGAUGUAGCAUCAGUCAGCGUGUCUGCCUACAACGCAUGUGGUGCCACAGUGCCUUCUUAUCUCGCGAUGCCAAUACCAGGUAAAGAAAAAAACGAGCAAGCUAUUCGCCUCGUGAUGAAUGAAGAGAAGCUCACCGUGUCCUGGGAUCUGCCCUCUCAGCUCUCAGACCACAUGCAGGAAUAUGUGGUGCAAUACAAACAAGCAGGAAGUCCUCCAGGUGACGGAUUUGAUUGGAUCAAAGUGGAAAAAAGCCAGACAACAGGAAUCUUUGAAGGUCGAUAUAGAAAAUACACACCCUAUCAAGUGUCACUGUUUACUGUCUCACACAGCAGUAAAGUCCAUCACCUCUCAUCAGCUAUUGGAUAUUCACUUCAAGGAACCCCCUCCAAAGUGCCAUCAUUUAAGGUCUUUUACAUCGCGCCCACUGAUGUGACCCUGUUUUGGAAGUGUAUUGACCUCUCACAGCAGAAUGGGGUGAUCCUGUACUACCAAAUAGUAUUAGAGAGUGGAGCAGACCGACAAAACGUGUACAAUGUGAGUGUCUCACCACAGCGGGACAAUGAGACCUUUCAGCUACUGCAUCUCAGUCCUGGACAAGAGUAUGAGGUGCGGAUUAGAGCCGUGACUGCAGCCGGGCCCGGAGAAAAUAAAACAGCAAAGUUCAAAACGAAGCACCAUGAACAUUUUGGGCACUUAGUAGCAGUUGUGCUUGGAAUCAGUUUGCUGGUCGUGACGUGCGUUGUUUUGGUUUUAUGUGCUUGUCGUGCUCCGUGUUUCUCUUACAAAGUGCCGGAUGCCCGCAACAGCCACAUUUUCCUACACAUGAAGCACCAGAUGAAUGACUCCUUGGCUCGGAUCUGCAUUCCCGUCUCUGAGCCCAAUCCCCAGAUCUCUCUGUUGGAGGUUGUGGAAAUCCAGCCGUGGGCUUUGAAGUACACCCUGGAGAAAACCGCCGACCCUGACGGGUUAACUAGGCUCGUGGUCGGAGAUGGGGGCUCACAGGUGGACUGCCAAGAUGAUCAGAGGGAGGAAGCUGUAGCAGAAGAGUGUCAUGGGACAGACCACAAAUACGAAAGAGAGGAGUACAGCAAAAUGGUUGACUCCGAUGAGGAGAGAGAGAGGGAGGAGAACAUGGAAGAUGUUUGGAGCUCAUCAGGGGAAGAACAGCCGGUGUCGGGUUACGAAAAGCACUUCAUGCCCACUGCUUUGGAAAUACUGGAAGCUUGAUGUUUCUCUGUUGGCUCAUGGACAUUCUUCUCAGACGUGUUUUAUUUUUAUAUUUACUUUAAACGUGUAGGACAUUUUCAAUGUGGAAAUGUUAUUUUUGAAAUCGACCCUUUGGUCAGGCUGCUAUGGCCUCUCUGCAGGACCCAGGAGGGCGACUCAGGUAAUUGAUUAGUGUUUGUUAGUUUUUACUGCAUCGUUUACCCUUUAUUUUUUUCUAACUUUUCCUAUUUCAGUGAUUACCUAUGUAAAAAUGUAAACGUCGGAAUUUUCUUUGUCAACAUUGUCGCACCUUAACUAUUCAUUUUGAUGAAUAAAUGUCAUUUUUUGCGUCUGUCAUGUAUAAAUAAACUAUUUUAAUAAGGGUC